GCAGAGCAGAAAUGUUCGCGAAUUUCGAAGUUUGGAAAGAAAGUCGAGAUUUUUCAUGAUGUCUCUUGAUCAAAUUGCUUCAAUCCAGUUCCUGUCUCAAGAUGUACAAAAUCAACUAAGAUCUGGCGUAGCCACACCAUCAGUUGUCCAAUGUGUAGAGGAAUUGGUUGUGAAUAGUAUUGACGCUGAAGCUUCUUGCAUCGCUGUUCGUGUGCAUCUACCCGACUGUCAAAUUCAGGUCGUAGACAAUGGAAGGGGGAUGACUAAAGAUGAUAUGCUCUGUGUUGGUGAGAGAUAUGCUACAAGCAAAUGCCAUGACACAAAAGACCUUGAAGAUAUAUCCCAUUAUGGAUACAGAGGAGAAGCUCUUGCAAGUAUAAAGGAAAUUUCUUCAGUGUUGGAGAUCACUUCGCGAGCCAGAGGGUCUGAACUUACCUACAGUAAACUCUUUCAUCAUGGAAAGGAUCAAGGUGUCACAAAGGCUUUAAAGGAUAGGCCAAGUGGAGGGACAACAGUCACAGCCCGAAACGUUUUCUAUAAUUUACCAGUAAGGCGGAAGAUGCUGUCCAGUCCCUUGGUGUAUGAACAAAUCUGCAAGCAACUACAGGCAAUAUCCUUGAUUCACCCUCAGAUUUCUCUUACUCUUCGAAAUGACAGCACAGGAGUAAAAUCAAUACAAACGCACAACUCAUCAUCAGUUGUUCAAACGUUUGGGUGUCUCUUUGGUAAAGAUGUGGCAGGUGGCUUGAAAGAGGUGAAUAACAUCCACACAGUCUUCAACAUUUCAGGAUUUAUUGGAUCAACAAGUCAUCGGAACAAGUCCCUGCAAUUUGUAUAUGUGAAUGGAAGAUUGAUUCUGAAGACAAAAAUUCACAAACUUGUGAAUGAGCUUCUCAGUAACUCACUCGUUACUAAGAGUAAAGGAAAGAAUCAAAACAUGUCACAAGGAUACAGCAUGAAUGCCGGCCCUGCCACAUGCCAACCUAGUCCUGGGGGAAAUCAAAUGGCGUAUGGCAUCUUUGUUUUGAACAUCACUUGCUGUCGUAAUGAAUAUGACAUCACGUUUGAUCCAGCCAAGACCUUAGUUGAGUUUAGAGACUGGGAAGGAGUCGUAACCUGUGUGCAUGAGCUUGUUACAUCUUUUCUUGAGAGGGAAAAUCUUACAAUGAAAGUAAAUGUUGCACAGACAGGAAGUGAAGCAGGGCGUAGUGAUCUUGUCGUAUCAAAUGAAACCGAAGUGUGUGCCAGUGCCAUCAGUACAACUGAUUGUAAAAAUGCUGUUCAGUCAACAUGUGUCAGAAGACAAAUUGUCCAGCCAGAUGUCACUCCCAUGUUGAAUAACCUGAAUCCCAGUAACGUAGAGAGAGUAGAGGAGGAUAAAGCUGACUCUCAUACGACAAAUAAUUCUUGCAGGAUACCAGAUGCAUUUGGAGAUGUCAAUGAGAUCAGAGAAACUGAAAUCCUGCAACCAGAUUCACGUGACACAGUACCUCAAUUGGAGCUUACCUCAAAUAAACAUGUGGAGGAGGUUCUUACAGCAUAUGCAAGUGACCAUACAGAUCCUAUUACAGAUCCACAUUGUCAGCUCUCUCACGAGACCUUGGUAAAUAGACCCAUGCCAAAAACACCUGAUGAUAAGAAAGUUGAUAAUUCUCAAAAUAUGAAGUCUCUGACUUCAAACUUGUCUUGUAAUAAGGAAGGAAGUGCAGCCGUCAGUGAAGCUCAUUGGACAUCAUCAUCUUCAGAACUAGAUGUAGGAUCGAGUGAGGAGACACUAACUAGCAGUGAAGUGGAAAUUGGAACACCCAAGUCGGAAGUACAUCAGUGUUGUGAUGCUCGCUGUUUAUCAAUGAGAAGAGAUGACACUUACUCAGGACAAAAAGUUGUUGAUCUUGUUUCUCCUAGAACUAGGAUUGCUGUCAAAGCAAGGAAUACACUUUCAAUGUUCCGAAGAUCAGUAAAAAAGAAAAAAAUGACUAAUGCUGCAAAGGAUGAGUCAUCUCAGAAGUCAGAACAGAGAGUCAAUAAGCAUCUGCAAUCUGCUUCAGCCGAUGAGCACAAAACAAUUGCAUUGAGAUGGUACCGUAGUCCAGGAUUUCGAAGCACAUUGGAGAGUUUGAAUAUCAAAUGUAAGGACAGGCAGGAACAAGUGGAUGUCCUUCAAAGGCUAUCAUUCUCUAGUGGGCCCAGUCAAUCAAACAGUCAUACCAAUGCUUGUAGUUCAGAAAUUGGCAGCUCUAUGAAGGAAGCAUGUCAAAGCAAUCAACAUGCGAUGGCUGAUGAGAGGAGCAAACUUGGUAAUCAAGCAAAAACUCAUAUGGCUGACGAUAACAAUACCACUGGGCGGAAGGUUAAUGAAAAAGAGGAUGCUUGUAUUGUCAGUAUAGAGAACCAAAAAUGUAAUCCAAUUGAACAUAUGAUGCCACAUGACUCAGUAGAGCAAAACACACAUGAUGCAGCCAAAGGUGACUGUACAAAGAAUACUUACAAAGAACCCUGGGAAAGCCAAAGAAGUGAUAGUAAUACGUCAGAUCUUCCAAGACAUUCUACUAUGGAACCAACAGGCACUAGGAAGAUAGCAGCAGAUCCUCCUGAUUCUCCAAUUAGUUCCAAGGCAUGGAAGCAGAGCAGUGGAUGUAAUUUAAGAGAACGAAUGAAAUUAUAUGUUCAAGACUCAAAAGGGCAACUCGUGGAUGAUGCAGCCAAAGAUAUCUGUAUUGAAAGCUCUAGUAGAGAACACUGUGAAAGAGAGAGCAUUGUUGUCAAUACCUCGUAUAUUCCAAGAAACUCUACUUCAGAAUCAAGACCUACUGCAAAGAGAGCAGCAGAUCCUCCUGAUUCCCCAGUCAGUUCCAAGUUGCAGAAGCUGACCAGUGGAUGGCGAUCAUCAGCAUCUGUUGAGGUACCAGUGAAGUUCUCGACAUCUACCUCGUUCAUGGUGAGUGCAUGUGAGGUCUUUGACAGAGAAACCUUGCAAAGCUCCAGUCUAACAGAUGAUUGCACUCAAAUCAGCAGUGAAGAACUUGAACAAUCAAUCAGCCAGGGUGUUAGAGCAGCAAGUGAUGAUUGUCAGGUUCCACUUCCGGUUCAGGAGAGGCCUUGCCCUGUACCUGAAACUGAACCAUUUACUGUUGAGAUAGCUGAUGGAGCACUUGAUCUUUGUGAAAUUGUUAAUGAAAAGGGAACAUUAAGUGAUAACACAACCCAUUGGAUGGAAGAAGAUACCACAGGAAUCAAUGGAAGGGAUAUCACAGAAAUGAAUGAGUUUGACACAAUGGCAGACAGAGGGCAAAGUGCUAUCAGAAGCUUCCAGACAGACUAUAAUGACAAUAAAUUAAAGGAAAACACUGCAGAGGUGAACACUGAUCCUGGCACCUACAUGGAUGAAGAUUCUGGUCUGUUGGAUGCAAGUGAUCCAGACGACUCAAUAUCUUUAUUUCAUAUACCUCACCAUGAUGAAGAAAGACCAUUUUGUCUUGAUACUGUCGCAGUAGCGUCAGAAAAUAGAGAUGACAGUACUGCUACCAAAAAUGAGGCCCAAGAAAAUUCAAGUCCAACAGAGGCACCAUUAUCAGCAACAUCAACCACUGUGCAUGAGGGAAGAAACCAAUUUGGUAUCAAUAAUGACCCAGCUCCCAUACAACAAUCUUGCCUUGAAGACAUUCAUUCUAUCAAAAUAUGUGGAGCAGAUGAAAAUGUACCUAGUGCAGUAGAGGUACCUGAAAUACAGGUUUCCAGUGAAGGUAACCCAGCUACUGAAUCAGAAACAAGAAUGUGUGAGUCUUCUUAUACCACUCAAUGGGAGAACAUGGAUACCAAAGAUUCAUCAGGGAGAAAUGACCCAGAUGGUGAAUUUGUAAUAGAGAGCAGAGAGUGGUACAGUGUCUAUGAUGCUUCCAGGGGUAGGAAGAUCUUUAUUAAUCGCUUCAAUGGGAACUGCUCUUCGGACAAGCCAGAGGAUUUAGUUUUGAACCGGGAUUCAAGGCAGAUCAAUGAAGAUCAUCAAUUUACCAUGGUGACUAAAAAUGAUACAUUGGCCCAUCCUCACCUUCCUCACAGUGCAGCCCCUUUUGUGAAUAACUUGCGUGAUAAGAAAGAGUCAUCAUCCCAUUCCCAUCAUCCUCCAGUCACACCUACUACCUUGGCAACCGUUGAUGCUGCCAUGGAAGAAAGCCAAGAAGAAGAUGAUGAGUUAUCCAUCGUCAAGUGGGGCAAGACAAGUCAGAUUUCUCGAGAUGGCUGCAUGACGAAUGAAGGUCCACAAUUCUCAAAAUACAAUAAAAAAGGGACAGGAUAUGGAUUACUGUCUCCUGUGAGUGAGGGAUUUCCCAACGUUGAUGUAAAGUUCCAGGCCAAGGUUCUUGCCUCGCUCAAUCCAUGUCAGUUCACGAAGGCCAUGUUUACAAGCAUGAAGGUCCUCGGUCAGUUAGAUAAAAAGUUUAUAGCCUGCCUGGUGAACAGUGAUUAUGAGAAGAACCCCGCAGGAGAGCCUAAUCUUCUCAUUCUUGUUGAUCAACAUGCUGCACAUGAACGCAUCAGACUGGAAAUGCUCACUCAAGAUGCAUAUACAAGCCAUCGUGAUAAUCCUGAUGAUAGCGACGCUGACCAAAAAAGAUGUAUCCGUACUUCUGAUGUUACUCCAGCUCUUCCUAUCAGUCUAUCUUCCUCUGAAUUAAGACUUCUGGAGGCUUAUCCUCAGAAGAUGAAGAGGAUUGGUAUAGCAUACCAAUUGUCUGAAGAUAGUGCCUUGGUUACUCGGCUACCAGCUUGUGUGGUAGAAAAAGAAGCAAAUGAGCUCAAGAGAGGGCGCCAAACCAUAGCUACCAGUGUGGCAGAGACGUUGAUCAAGGAAGUAUUAGACUCGCUACAGCAUCAAUCUGGAGCCGUUUCAUCCUUACCUAAGACCAUCACAAGGAUUCUUAACUCUCAAGCUUGCCAUGGUGCUAUCAAAUUUGGGGACACCCUUGAUCUUGCUGAAUGCAAGACUCUGAUUGGUCAGCUCUCAUCAUGUGACUUGCCUUUUCAAUGUGCCCAUGGUCGUCCAGCACUCAUGCCCAUUCUCGACUUUAAGAAGACAAAGCAUGCAAACGGCAAAAAGGUUACACCCUCACCACCACAAGUUUGGAAACUGAAGUAUCUCACGUCAGGUAUGAAUAUACAGGUUUGACUUGAUAUCAUUUAAGAUUAAACUCGUGUAUUGAUGUAGAUUAAAUAGCAUACAUUUGGUCCCGCCAAAGGGGCUACAGAUACAUAUUACACUGACAUCAUAGGGUCUCCCCAAAUUAGUGGCAUAGCUUUUUAACUUAAAGGCUAUGUGCAAUUUUUUUUUUUUUUUGGGGGGGCACAUUGUCUGUACCCCUUUUACCUUACUGCUCUGUAAAAAUAAAAUUUAUCAGUUAGGUCAUACAUUACCAAGCACAUAUCAAAUUCAAAAUGGUGACUUUUUUUGGUAUAAUCACAAGGGUUAUUUUCUUAAUGUGUUUAAUCAAACUUUUGUUUGGUGAGUGUUUAAGUGCUGUGCUAUUUUUGGUUUCAUCGCCAGAUCUAGUCACACAUAUCCAGGCAUUGAUCAUGUUUUGCAUGGAUCAAUGAACACAUAUUGUAGAGGGAAAUUCCCUAUGUUCCGCUUUCCCAAACUUUGGAUCGCUAACAUUCAGACUAUUGUAAAGUAGAUAAUUUGCCAGGAAAAAAAUGCUAUCAUUAUAAUCUUAAGAGGUAAUUUUAACAUUUUUUUAGUUACCCAUUUGAAAAGAAGGCCAAUAAAAAAUACUAAAAUUUAUUCUUGAUAUGCAAUAAAUGAUUUCCUGUGAGCUUUGAAAAUGUUUUGCAUUUGAUGUGAUCUCAUCAUACAUGACAUGACGGAUUAUUUCAUAUUUACACAAAAGUGUUGGAGAAACUUUCCAAGUUAUUUUGCUCAAAACCAUGUUGUGCCAUUUUGAUUGAGGGAGGCAUUAUUUUUAUGUUGUUUAUAAUCUUUGACCGAGAAGAAAUAAGAAAACUUUAUGGGUUAUACAAGAUAAAAAAUCUUUUAAGUAUACUGUUUUUAUGAAACAAUGGAAGUGAAUGGCAGUGAGAACAUCAUUAUUUAAGCUUAUGUUCAAUUCAGAAAUCAUUGAACAUGUUUUGCAGGUAUUUGCCAUACAUGCCACAAACCUAAGAAAUGCAGUUGAGUUUGUAUUUUCCCAAAAAUCAAAUUAUGCCUGAUUCAAAGAGAUUUCUGUGAAACCAAUAAAUUUGAAUAGGCAGAUAUUAUGAAGAGAAGAUUAUUCCACUAAUGAUAAGAUCACUUGGACGCAGUUGCCUCUAUUAUGGAGAAUUCAGUAUAAAAGCUCACCCUUAACCCUAUAUAGCCCGGGCUAUUUUGAAAUUGCUUAGCCCGGGGGCCCCCCUCAGAUCUCGGUCGUUUAUCAACCGAUUGCGACCAAAUUUGGUGUGUGGGUGUCUCAUUAUGUAUUUUACAAGAAUGCGUUGUCAAAUUUGUGAAA